AACAUGACUGAACCAAGGAGCACAAUCCAGACAACAGUGGAAGCCUGCUCAGCGGCAACCCCGGCGCUGAGCGCUCGCGAGGAUGCCACUGUAGGCAGCACGCAGGGCCAAGCCACCGAAAGCAGCACCGCCACGUCUGGUCCUAGAAAGGGUGGAAAGAAGGCAAAGAGAGCGGCACGUGUGACGGCCAGGAAGGUGAACGCAGUUCUGGAGUGGAGCGACACGAUGGUGCGCGACUUGACGACUCUCCGCUACGAAACUCACGCCGAGCGCUUCAGCAAGGCCAAAGACAAUGCUACUAUGAAGGCGCCUGGCUGUUUCUGGCAGCAGGGCUUUUAUCGAUAG